AUGGUGAAGCGGUGGCUCCCCCUGGAGGCCAACCCCGACGUCAUGAACCAGUUCAUGUGGGGGCUGGGGGUCCCGGAGGACGUGGGGUUCUGCGACGUGUACGGGCUCGACGACGAGAUGCUCGCCAUGGUGCCCCAGCCGGUCCUCGCCGUCCUCCUGCUCUACCCGCAGGAUCGCAAGAAGGAAUCCGAUGCUUCGGCCACUUCGACGGCGGAGACCAAGGAACCCAACAAGAAAGUAUAUUUUACAAAACAGACUGUUGGCAAUGCUUGCGGAACAAUUGGUAUUAUUCAUGCAAUAGGGAAUGCUGUGUCCAAAAUCAAGCUAGUUGAUGGGUCCUAUUUCCAUAGAUUUUAUAAACAAACUGCUGAUAUGGAUCCUAUCCAGCGUGCUGCUUUUCUUGAGGAGGACCAAGAAAUGGAGGAUGCUCAUUCUGUUGCUGCUGCUGGUGGUGAUACAGAGGCCAAGGAUGGGGUAAUUGAACAUUAUGUUUGUUUUUCGUGUGUUGAUGGUGAACUUUACGAGCUUGAUGGAGGAAAGCCACAGCCGAUACAUCACGGCCCUUCCUCUCCUGAUAGCUUGUUGCAGGAUGCUGCAAGAGUCAUAAAAGCGAGGAUUGUGGAGUAUUCUGAGUCACUCAACUUCAAUGUCAUGGCUCUCUCGAAGAUGUAG